CUUGUUUCUACUUUACCCACCCACUUUAUUUGAUCUUUCAAAACUUUUCUUGGUUGAAAAAAAACUCAAAAGUGUUUUUUACAAGAUAUCAAAGCUAAAUAAAAAGGCUCACUGUUUAUUUUUUUUGGUGACAAGAAUCAUAUUUGUGUCCUUCUUUUGAUCCAUAUCUUUACUGUCUCUCUCUUUCUCUUUCUUGAGCAACUCCCUUUAUUAUGGGCGGCGUGACAAUAGCUCCUCAACUCGCGAAGAACGACAACGACUCUUUUUUGGCUGCUUUUAACGCGAACACAACUCAACUCGAAAAUACUAAUUCUACAAUGGAUGACCUAUUAUCUUCUACUCAUGGCUGGCCAAUGGAAGACUUGACUGGUGAAGUCCAUGAUCUUAUGUUAAGGGAAUCUAUGACUUGGUUACCAUGGAUGGAUAAUAAUGAUACCUUUCACACUACUAGUACUGCUGCUACUACUACUACAAAUAGUAAAAAUCAAUCAUCUUUGGAAGGCUUUGAUUCUCAAUUAUUGGCUCAAACUUUACAACUGGAUGGUUUAUUUGGUCAAGAAUUGAACUUUGAUCAAUUUGAUGAAACUACUUCUUCGUUAUUCUAUGAUGAAAUGACUUAUGAUCCAUCUCCUGUUACCACUCCACUUCCUACACCAAGCGAAGAUCAUUCACAAGAAGACUCGGAAGAAAUAAUGUCUGGCAAUACCGCUAUAGUAGAUACUGCUUCUACUAUUACUACUCCUAAACCUACUGCUACAAACUUACCAUCAUUAGAGUUAGAACAUAUCAUUGACAGUAAUGAUGAAAAAGAUGAUUCUGAUGAAGAACAAGAACUCCAACAGGUUGAUGAUGAUGAUGAUGAUUCUUCCACUGAUGAUGACGAUGAUGAUGAUGAUUCUGACGAAGAAGAUGGUCCUGUAUCUUUGUUGACAACAACUUAUAUGUAUUUACCCAAGCGACAAGUGGAAGAAACCCUGCUAGGCAAAAUUACUGAACAUUUACAACCUGAUAAGUUACCUGGGAUUCUCUCUAUUGUAUCUUCUGGUGCGGAUGAUCAAAAUGAAGGUGAAGUGGAAAUCGAUCUUUCUUGUUUGGUACGUGAACAAUUGGUUAGAGUCAUGUUAUAUGUGGAUGCUUGUAUUGCAGAACAACAAGGUGGACCUACUGUCAAGUUAUCUGAUUAUAUGAUCAAGGAAACCAAGUCCAAAACGUCUACCAUGGUACAUAAUCACAACAUUGAUGAUGAUGAUGAUGAUGAAGAUGAUGAUUGUAUGGAUUCUACAGCUGGACAAAAAAGGAAACGAAGACGAAGAAGUAGAAAAGAAAACAGCAAAACAGAAGAAGAUGGUCCUAUCUCUAUGGCGGCCUUAACCAAAAAGACUAGAUCAAGGAAAAUGACAACUGUAGAUACUUCUUUACCUGUAACAAAACCAACAACAAAUGGAAAUAGUAAACGAAAUAAAUCAUCAUCCUCAAUCAAACGAAGAAGAUCAAGGAAAAAUCAACUACACCAACAUGAUCCCUCUGUUUCUGCUCCGGUCAAUAGUAAACAUGAUCCUAACAGUAUUGCAUCCACUCGUCCAAAACGUCGUGCUGCUCUCCACAAGCGUCGUAUGUUGGAAGAAAUGUUACUGAUGCCUUCUGAUGAUGAAGAUGGUGCGGAUGAUCCAGCAGAUCAACAAGUGAUGAUUACCUAUGGUGAAGAACAAAUGGAUUUCCGGGUAGUUGAUAACCAAACUAUUGUACAUCAACCUCAAGUAUCAACAACACAAAUGGUGGCUUCCAAUGACUCUACUUUAUUGGUCCAAGACGAUGAUGACGAUGAUGAUGAUGAAGAAAUCGAUAUUAUGUGAUUUUUUUUGACAUUAUCCCUCCUCCUUUUUUGUUUACUUAUUCCUUCUUCCAUUCCUUUUUCAUUUCUUAUUUGCAUACAUUAUUU